UCAUCUCCUACAAUGGGAAAAGGCAGUGAAAUCAAGCUUAUUGGAACCGCAGAAAGUCCUUAUGUGAACCGGGUUCAAAUUGUCCUCAACCUCAAGUCAAUUGACUAUGAGUUUGUCGAAGAAAAUCUCACUUGCAAAAGCGAGCUUCUGUUGACAUCGAACCCGGUUUAUAAGAAAGUACCGGUUCUUAUCCAUGCUAACAAACCACCCAUUCCCGAGUCUCUUAUCAUAAUCGAGUACCUCGAUGAAAUCUAUUCAGAUGUCCACCCAAUCCUCCCCUCGGACCCUUUGGCUCGAGCUGAUAACCGAUUUUGGGCUAACUACAUGGACACCAAGUUUUUCCCCUUGUUCGAAGAGUUGAGGAAAACACCAGGGAAAGAAGGAAAAAAAGCAAUAGUAAAACAAAUAAUCGAAGGAUCUCAGUUAUUGGAAGAAGCAUUUGUAAAGUUUAGCAAUGGGAAGCCGUAUUUUGGUGGAGAUGAUGUAGGAUAUCUAGAUGUUGUUCUUGGAUGUUUUCUUGGUUGGACAAAGUUUGUUGAAAAACAUAACGAAUUUAAGAUAUUUGAUGAAGCUAGAACCCCAAAAUUGCUAGAAUGGACAAACCGUAUAUGGUCGCAUGAAGCCCUUAAGGAUGUAAUCCCCGGGAGCGAAACACUGAAGAACUUUUAUAUGAUUCUGAUGAAGUAUAAACCUUAAGAAAGGCUUAAAUUUAUCCUUGUGUUCUAUAUCUAUUGUUAUAAUAGGUACGUUCGUGCAUCCUAUUUUAGUUGGCUUUGAAGUUGGUGUAUUUUUAAUUUUUUGUUUUUUUGAAUAAGUAAAAAACACAAUCGUGCUUUUUACUAUUUGUUCCAAUUAUUAAUGUUAUGACUUUGGAGUUAGAAUCAAAUAUAAAGCCUCCUAAAAAUAAGUUGCAAGAAGGAUAUCAAACCGACUUCUAUUAACCUUAUUCAAGUGGCAUUCAGACCUUCUCAUUGAACUUUACAAUGUGAGAUUUUAAGUUUUUGUUUGAUGUUUAGCUUGAAGAUUUUAGAAUUUUUUGUUUACAUCAUUGUGUCUUUGCAAUAUUUGCAUCAUUGUGUCUUUUUUUGUGACUCAUUGUGUCUUUUUUCUUCGACAUUGUGUUGUAUUUUUCACAUUGUAUUAUAUUUAAGUCGACAUUGUGUUA